GCCAUGUUGGGAACAUUAGAAGGGAACCAACACUACAACCAGCAAGACGGGAACAUCUAGGUUCGGCAGCGGCGUGUCUUAACACCUUACACCACCACCAUGGCUGACCCGGAAAAACAGCCCGAACAACCAAAGGCUGGCCAGCAGAAGCUGAUCAUCGCUAACAAAGUGACCGGGACUGUAAAGUGGUUCAACGUGAAGAGCGGGUACGGAUUCAUCAACAGGAACGACACCAAGGAGGAUGUAUUUGUUCAUCAAUCAGCCAUCGUAAAGAACAAUCCAAGGAAGGCUGUGCGCAGUGUCGGUGACGGCGAGGUGGUCGAAUUUGACGUAGUAAUAGGUGAGAAGGGUCAUGAAGCGGCCAACGUUACCGGUCCAUCCGGGGAAGCAGUAAAAGGUUCGCCUUAUGCUGCCGAUAAGCGACGCGGAUAUCGCGGAGGUCACUGGUACAUCAGUCAAAGACGUGGGAACACUCGAACUCAACGUAGACCUCGGGAAGGUCAGGACGGUUACGAAACCGGCGAGGGUAAGACCGGAGACGAAACGAACACCGGCGAGGGAGGCGGACAGCAGCGACGUUACAGAGUUCGACGACAAUACGACGGCUACUAUCGUGGCUCGCGCCGUUCUGGUCCGUCGGCGCAACAACAAGGGGACAACUCCGGCGAAGGUGGCGAGCAAGGUGGCGAGAUCGGCGACGGAAGUGUACCACGCGGCGGUGGCCGCGGACGCGGAGGACCAUCUCGCCGUUACUUCCGCCGUAAUUUCCGCGGAGGAAGAGGUGGCGGACCUCCGCGUCGUCCUCGUAGCCAGGACGGCCAAGUAAAAUCGGAGCAGAAGUCGGAUGCACCUAAAGAUAAGGAUGCACCUGCCGCUGUCCCUGCUCCACAGGAAAGCCAGCCGGUCCAGAACACCACCACUGAAAGCACCGCUUAACCAAGAGUAAUGGUACCACUACAACAAAAACACUCCUUUUAAUAUAUAACACCAACACCCGUUAUACAACACCGAAGCAACAGCAACGGCAACAACAGCAACAGCAACCGCAGCAGCAACAAUAUAACAUAACAAAUGAAAAAUGUUAAAAAAAAAACAAAAAAAAAAAAAAAAAAAAAAAAAGCGAAACAAAAAAAAUGCAAGAAGUGAAAAGAAAUUGCGAAACACCGCUCCACACUCUCCCCGGCAGACGAAGAAGAUCAAGAAGCGUGUGUCCAGUCCACGGCUGCCGGAAUUAGUUGGUAGAAUACGCUGGAUGGAAAAGCCUCGUCGCGAAGGAGAAAGAGACACGACCGUGAAUCGGCUACGAGCGAACAAACCCUCGAGUUAGACUUAUCGCCGUGCACCAUCACUGUUUUGUACAUUAUAUUUCUCUGUGAGAAGUAACAAAUUUCCGAUUUUGCAUAAAAAUCUCAAAUCAGUUGUGUUGGAAUUGAAGCGAUAUUUCGGGACGGAAAACGCAUGAUCGAAAGAGAGAGAGAGAGAGAGAAAGAGAGUAAGUGUGUGUGUGUGUGUGUGUGUGUGAGAGAGAGAAAGAGAGAGAGAGAGCGCCAGGAUGUGAGUUAGGUAGCACUUGUCUUUCGCGAACAUUAGAAUUAAACGGAACGGCGGUAAGUCGCGUACUUGGAAGUAUUUUUCGUUCGACGACGGUGAAGAAAAUGGAGAAGGAAUUAUUCGCGAUUGCGACGCAACGAAUUUUCGGUGUGCGCCAAGCUUCUACAGCUUGAAAAACAA